AUCACCGAACGUUACAAGCAGAAGAAGAGACGCGGUUGCUGUAGUGUGGCAAAAUGAUUGGGGACCUAUUAAUUUUUGGGACUCUGUUAAUGAACGCCGGUGCAGUUUUAAAUUUUAAACUAAAAAAGAAAGAGUCGCAAUCGCACGGCUUCGGUGAUGACCCGCGCGGAUCCAGUACAGGUGAUAACAUCAGAGAGUUUUUACUGAGUCUGAGGUACUUCCGCAUAUUCAUAGCUCUGUGGAAUAUCUUCAUAAUGUUCUGCAUGAUAUUGUUAUUUGGCUCAUAACAAACAAGCUUGCCAGACUGGAGACAAGUGUGAACAUAAGGGACAAUCCUCAACACUUUUAUGGGUGCUGUGAUGUAGGAUUAAACUUAGAAAAUAGCCCUUCCACAAGAUCCAUUUCAGAUCUGAACAUUUUUAGACAUGUCCUAGAUUCUACCUUCUAUCACAGUAAACCAGUGUCUUAUGGAUAAACCAAAAGUCAGUUAGAAAGUAUGAGGAUUAAUAUUUGUGAAUUUCUGAUGCACAUUAACAAUGGAUUAAUAGGGCCAUGCAGUAAAAUAAACUGGAUGUAUUCCAUUUACCUGAGCUUUCAGUAGGCUUAAGCUUUCUCAAAAUCACUUGUAUACUUUGAGGUUGGCAGUAAGUUAAAAAUGUAAAUGAUAAAGAUACUUUUAUACAAAGAUCCUUUUAUGAAAAAUACCUCAACACAUUUAGAAUGUGUUGAGGUAUUUUCUAUAUAUAUAUAUAUAUUUCAGUUUGUAUGCAAUUUCUAAAGUCUGCAGGUGAGUUCACUUGUUUGUUUCUCUCUUUUUAUUAAAUGUGAUUUGCAUGAUCUCAGCUCAUGCAAUCUGGUAAUUUAAACAAAAUGGAACAAAUAAACUUGUAAAAACCAU